AUGGACGUGGCAUCGUUCCGCGCGUUUUAUGCUCGCGUCGAAGCCAAACCAACCUCGGAUUCGAAAAUCAAAGAGAUAAAUUCCCGCGUCGCCAACCAUUACAACGAGAACAAAUUCAUCCUAAACUGUCAACAACUCGGAGAACUGAUGAAACUGGUCAACUUUGCGAACUUGAGAGAAGAAGUGGCGAAAAUUUGCGGCAAUUCGAUCGUCGAUUGGGACGAGGUGGAGAAAAGGGAACUUUUCUUUCGGAAUUGUAAACCGUGGGAAAGAGACGAUUUGACGAAAGCGGUUGAGAGCGAGAGGAGCGGCGGCGAUAGGGGCGGGGGCGGCCAACGAGGACAACAACACGAACGCGAAGAACUGAGUCCUUCUUUUUACCCUAAACCACAUAAAGCGCCCGAGCAUCAGCAAAUGGACAUCGCGGCGGCGGCGGCGAGAAUGUCCGUCGGCGGCAACGCAGACGAAGAAGCCGCGAAACGGAACAUGGUUAUCGCGGCCACGGAAGAAAUGAACGCCCAGAGGGAUGAAAAAAAUAUUUUUACGUUUAACAUGGAAUGGAUGGAUGUAAACACCGCCGCUGCCAUUGCGAACGCGGUCCAAACGGAUGAAAACACGUUCUUUCCGGGCCUCGUCAACGACCGGGAGUGGAGCGCUAAAACGCCCAUGCAACGGCUGCGGGAUACCAAAUGGGUUCCCCCGAAAUUGGUUGCGAGAGGCGUCAGUGAAGAUGAAUUUACUCGUUUGUGCGAUAUACUGAUCAAGGCGUUUGAGAAGUUACCGUUUACCAAAAUGCGCGGCGGCCCCGGCGUGAAUGAAAUUUUGUAUUUCUGUUUCCCGCUUGGUCCGAUAUGUUGUGUUUUACAGAUGAUGAACCCGAUUACGUGGUUGAUUUAUACGCCGUUCGAAACUGACAUCAAAGAACGCGCGUUGCCCGCAAUGGAUGACAUUUUACGCCGGCAUAAUUUAAAAGCGGUAAAGCCUUCUAAUUUCAAUAGAUCCAUCGCUAUCGUCGAAAUGUGA